UUUUUUGCCAGAUUUUAAAAACUGAAAUUGAAUUGUAAUACGAUACGUUUCGUCCGACGUUCGCUAUAUUUCGUAAUUGUGCAGUGCGUUGACGUAAAUGUCAGCUUCCGCUAGGUUAAAAUGCCGGUAGAAUGGACAGAGGCGCGAAUUUACAAACUAGUGCUGUCGUACAUUCGGCACGAAUGCCUGUGGAAACACGAUAGUGAUUCGUAUAAUGAUUUGGAGGCGCGGUACACCGCAUACCUGGGGAUACUUCAAGACCUGAACAUUCGUGAUCUGACCGUGAACGAGGUUCGGGAUAGAAUAAAGCAAAUAAAGCGAGCCUAUCGCAUGGAAUUGGCAAAGAUCAACGAUGCUAACUUCCGGGGAUUCCCCUACAAGCCAAAAACCACCUGGUUCGAAUUGCUCCACGAAUUUUUACGCGUCUAUAUCACGGAUCAGGAUUCUAACACCGAUAGCUUACUACAUGUCGAGGCGAAUAAUGGUGAGCCAGAAGAAUUCAAUUAUCACGGCUCCCAAUCAUUGUUAUGUUCGCAACGUCGCUGUGCAAUAAACCAGUGUCCCAGCUGUGUUAGAUAUUUUCCAACUCAACCUGGUCUGGACACAUGCCCGACAAAGUUGACAAAAUAUGCUGCACCUUUGGAAAAGAAAAUUAAUCUUUCUUCGCAACAUGACUUUAUCACGCAGCAGACACCUGGAGCGUUGCAAUCCACGCCGAAUAUUAGUUCAUUUUCAACUUCUGGCGAUUGUCCAAUAAACAGAAUUCCAGAUGCAGAAAUACAGUCACAUUUUGUAACCAAUUCCGUUAAGAAACACAAGUCGCAAAAAAAGUAUGGUGAUGAAUUUGACGCCUUUGGUAAAAGUGUCGCAUGCCAACUACGCGAAUUAUCAUUGCCACAUGCGCUUCGAACUCAAACAAAAAUUCAGAAUCUGCUUGCCGAGGAAAGGAUAAAUUCUAACAAGGAGAAAGUGAUUAGUAACCAAAGUGAAAAGGAAGCCACUCAACGUCACAGGCAUCACAGGGAUUCUCGGUGGACACAACCUUCAAGGAGUAAUCAUUCAUCAUUCAUUUGCAAUGCUAAUUUCCGAUGCCCAUCAGCUAGCGACUCGAGCUUUUCAGGGCACCCAAGUAAUGCAAGACACACAAAACUUGUUGAAAGAAAUCAGACAGUAAAUUGCCAUCCAGAUAAUUGUAUUGCCUCUAAAAUUUCGUACAAAAAAGCUAGUCUAAAAACUUAGUGGAAAUUCAACUCCUGUAGUACUAUUAUAAGUUUCUGAGAUGAGCAUUCCCCGUGUCAAAAUAAGGCAAAGUGACACGUUGGAAGUCUUUGAGAAGUUUCUAUUCCAAAGAAG